UAUCUGUCAAUUCCAUGUCUACGUUUGUAGUGCUAGUUAUGGGGUAUUUUUAGAUGAUUCCGGUAAUAUAUGGAAAUAAUUUCAUUAUUUUAAUGUGAAAAAGUUGAAAUUUUUAUAAACAAUCAUUUUUUGCUGUAAAGAAUGUAUGUUAUAUGCAAAAUUAUAUUUCUGUCUCUCGUAAUCGGGGCGUAUUCAGACGAACACAAUCACAUAUACGAUGAAAAUGAAGAGGUAAUACUUUGGAUGAAUACAGUUGGCCCAUAUCACAAUCGUCAGGAAACUUAUGCUUAUUUUUCAUUACCAUUUUGUGUUGGCAGUAAAGACACAAUAAAUCAUUACCAUGAAACACUCAGCGAGGCGUUACAAGGUGUUGAAUUGGAAUUUAGUGGGAUUGAAAUUGAUUUUAAAAGUAGAGUACAAAAGGGAGAAUAUUGUGCCGUGGAGCUAAAUGAAGAAAAAUACAAAGCCUUUGUCUAUGCUGUAAAAAAUCAUUACUGGUAUCAAAUGUAUAUUGAUGAUUUACCAAUUUGGGGCGUAGUAGGUGAAAUGAAAGACAACAAUUACUACAUAUGGACACACAAGAAAUUUGAAAUUGGCUAUAAUGGAAAGCAAAUUAUUGAUGUUAAUCUCACAUCUGAAGAUAAAGUUCUUUUAACUCCAAGUGCAAAAUUAAGCUUCACUUAUGAAGUGAUAUGGAAACCAACUGACACAAAGUUUGAAGAUCGUUUUGAUAAAUAUUUAGACCAUAACUUCUUCCAACACAGAAUACAUUGGUUUAGUAUAUUUAACAGCUUUAUGAUGGUGAUAUUUUUAGUUGGUUUAGUUUCUAUGAUUCUAAUGCGUACUUUACGUAAGGAUUAUGCCAGAUACAGUAAAGAUGAAGAUAUAGAUGACAUGGAAAGAGAUUUGGGUGAUGAGUACGGUUGGAAACAGGUUCAUGGUGAUGUAUUCCGUCCCGCUUCUCACUCACUCAUUUUUUCGUCUCUCAUUGGUGCAGGAUACCAGUUGACAACUGUAGUUUUCAGUGUAAUAGUUUUUGCAAUUCUCGGAGAACUAUAUACAGAACGUGGAUCUCUGUUAUCUACUGCCAUAUUUGUGUACGCCAUAACAUCACCGAUAAAUGGAUAUUUUGGGGGGUCUCUUUAUGCAAGAAUGGGAGGUAAAAUAUGGAUCAGGCAAAUGACAAUUUCGGCAUUUAUGCUGCCGGCUUUUGUGUGCGGUACAGCAUUUUUCAUCAACUUUAUUGCUAUUUAUUAUCACGCUUCAAGGGCUAUACCUUUUGGAACUAUGGUUGCAGUUACUUGUAUAUGUUUGUUCAUCAUUUUGCCGUUAACGUUGGUAGGGACUGUAUUAGGGCGUAAUUUAGCAGGACAACCCGAUUAUCCCUGUCGUAUUAAUGCAGUUCCUCGACCAAUACCCGAAAAGAAAUGGUUUAUGGAACCAGGAGUUAUAAUACUGAUGGGGGGAAUUUUACCAUUCGCCAGCAUAUUCAUCGAAAUGUAUUUUAUUUUCACCUCAUUUUGGGCAUACAAGAUCUACUACGUUUACGGAUUUAUGUUACUAGUGUUUAUUAUAUUGAUGAUAGUAACAGUUUGCGUAACAAUAGUCUGUACAUAUUUCUUACUCAAUGCUGAAGAUUAUCGCUGGCAAUGGACGUCCUUCCUAGCUGCAGCCUCUACGUCAGCAUAUGUUUACCUAUAUGCAAUUUAUUACUUCUUUUUCAAAACAAAGAUGUAUGGGCUAUUUCAAACUGCAUUUUAUUUUGGAUAUAUGGCGCUUUUUAGCGGAGCUCUAGGGAUUAUGUGUGGUACUGUGGGGUAUGUAGGCACCAGUGUGUUUGUUAGGAAAAUAUAUUCUACUGUUAAAAUUGACUGAAGUGAUUACGUUAUUUCUUUUGUAAAUAGUCACCUUUUCGGAUAAAUUGUGCGGACUUUACACAUCUUAAAUUCGAAUGUAUAGUACAUUCUUGUUAAAUUGUGGAUGUGUUAUAAAUAGUUUUUCUUUACUUUGUUCUUUUAUCUUAAUGUGAUUUAAAAUAAACUAUUUAUUAUAAAGUAUCUUUUCAUAAUAAUUACUUCCUAAAUUUUACUUAAUAGUUUGUAUACCAUGUGUAAUUUUAUUGUUAAUAAAAUUUAUAAAAACUAGAA